AUGGGUCGCAAAAAGACGUCCUUGGAGACGUCUCCAGAUUUAGAUUUCAUCAAGAGCGGUCACCUUAGCAUGGUGAUCUAUCGUGAAAAGGAAGAGUUAACGCGGAUCCCGUCAGAACCUAACAGUUUAUUGAGUGAACCCCGCAUUAUCCGGGCGGCUAAUAUGGAUAACAUCACGUUUAAAGACUGUGUGUUUAAGAUCACCUUGGACUUUGUGGAGCCGAUGGAAUGCAUGGAGGAAACGGCUGUGCGAGAAACCACCGAUUGGGUGCUUUGCUCCUGCAACGCGGGAGAUGCCUUUUAUUCUAAAACCGAGGAACGCCUGGUGUUGCAGCAGUGUAAGGUAUCGUUAAAAAGCAACGUUCCUCAAUUAGUAGCACCGUUUAUUGUGGUUUUAUGUUUCAAAGACGAUGAGUGGGUGGUGGAGCGUGUGCUCCGGUGA